AUGACUGUGCAGCCCAGCUCCAGCACGUCCUCGCCCAAGAAUAGCGUUGGAAGUUUAGAACACCCUCGUGGUGACACAAAUGAGGCUCUGUCCAAAAGGAAGUAUUUCAGUAACUGGUUGCAGAACCUAAAAGAACACUCUCCCUCAGAAGAAACAAACGAUGAGGAAUCUGUGUUCAUUGAUGUUGGCGACGCCUGUUUCAGCUCCACAAAUCCAUUUUCAUACAUUCCCGUGUUGUCUGCCACAGAAGCUCAACAACUCUUGGUUCCUCCUCAGCAACAGCAGUCUAGGAAUCAUCCACAUGGUCGCAGGUUGAAGGCAUUUUUGAGGAGCCAUUUGAGAAGACCCUCCAGACGUCGUCUGUUAUCCCCAAAUCCAAGGUCGAAAUUCUUGCUCAAAGGAGAUGGAGAUUUUGGUUACGGGACACGGGCCAACGAUUUUGUAGAUUUGCCCAUGAAAGAUAAAUCAGAGGCAGAUGUGACAGGAGACGCAUCAAAUUUAGACACAUCCCUCGUGUCCAUUGAACGUGGGAGUCAAACCGGCGAACUAAAAAUUCUAAAAAACGGAGUCAAAGAUGGCAAAGGAACUUUAAGGUUGAGCAAUCCAGAAGCGGAAUUUAUGCGGCAGACCGAGGCACCCAUUGCCGUGAAAAGUGGGGCCCAAAAUGACAGCGAAUAUGACUCAGGAACUUCAGAAGACAAUACCGCAAAUUGCAAUUUGAAUGCUCAAAAUGACAUUGAUGACUAUGACCCAAGUUUAUUUAAACGAGAAGAUUCAACGUCGUUGGGGGUAGCAAGGGUUGGUGUCGAUGGCUUGGAUGAAAGCCCUUCGUCCUCCAAUCGUGAAUUUCAUUCUCACGAUGAUUCGAAAUUGGAUAGCCUGAAGAGGACGUCAGAAGGUAUGUCUGGAGUUUUAGCAGGAAUGAAACGUGCCCGUAUUGAAAAGGAAGAAAGUCGCGCUAUAACUUCCAGUGUAAAAGAAAUCUUCGACUCCGCUCGCGACAGUUCGUCUGUGUAUUCUGAAACACCUUCUCUUGAACCGUACAGUGAGAAGGCACGGUUAGUGCCAGGUAAUGAUGCACAGAUGGUAAACAAUCCGUAUUUGGAUGAAUCCAAUAUUUCUGAUUUCCGUGGAUCCGAAUCUCCAAGAGCAGUUACCAUCAAAGACGCCAGAGAACCUUCCACCUAUAGGGAUAGUCCCAAGGUAAGGACCCCCACUUUUACGCCACUCUCCAAAAGUUGUAAACUAAACACAACCCCCACUAACGCUUCACCUUUGGAAGAGAAAUUGCAUGGAAUGAUGAGGAAAUUUAAAGCUGUUGUUCAGCCUCCAUCCGAGGCUGUUGACAAUCACAGCUGUGGCGAAGGGAUGAAUGAUAUUGUCGACACUCACUGUUCAAAUGACACAAGCAUUCAUACUUACAAUCGCAAUGGGAGUCGCACAAAUUCUGUGCAAAGGCGCCAAGCGUUCAAACCUUCCAAGAGUGAAGAAUUUGAAACUCAAAGACUAUGUGUCCCCACGUUUCGGCAAAGUUUGCGCAAAAUUGAUGCUUUGGGACUUUUUGAAGACGUUAGAAAAGGGACAAUGACAGAGAGAGACUUAUUCAAUCUGUCCAAGCUGAGGCCCGACGAUUCGUUUGACUUCCGUGAUGAACGGUUCUACGAUAGGCAGUUAUGUUUUUCUGGGUCUUCUAAUUCUUCCAAGAGUGGUGGUGAUGACUUUAUCAGCGCCAGCGUUAAAUUUAACAAGUUUUCGCAAUUGUUGAUGUACGACGUGCGCAAGACCAGUAAAUUCGACGAUUUGGAGCCGUCAUCACAUCCAGGUAGUAGCCAGGAAACCACGUUAUUGCGUGGAGCACCAACCGCUCAUAAACCAAUUUUGAAACGUAGGACCAAUGAACGUGCCAGUGAAGAAUCGCUGAGAGCUGAAGAUUGUGAUAAUGUUGAUGCUACGGAAUUCAUAAAAUUUUUUGAAGGACACGAAGCCCGUCGCCGCGUUGAAGAAGCACGUUUGAGCAAGAUUAGGGACCGGCAAUUGACAAACUACUAUGCCAAUGACCAUAUGUACAACUCGAUACGGAAUGGGGACAGAAAAUCAGCAACUAUUGACUUUAGGAAAAGUAGAAAAGCCACAGAGGCUAAUAUAGGUCGAGAAUUACGAGACCCCAAUCAAGGUAUUAUAAGUUCCCCCAACGAAUUCAAAUGGCAAAGACUACACAAGGAGAACCCUAUUUCGCAGCAAUGUUGUUGA